AUGAUUGAAUUACAUGAUUUAUCAUCCGAUGAAUCAUUUGAUGGUACAACAUCAUCAGCUUUAUCUCGCUCGUCUUCAAAAGCUUGUGCUACAUCGAAUAAAAAUUCGUCGAAUAAUAUUGUAUACAAUUCACCCAACAUCAAGGUGUUAUUAAAAGAACAACCUGAAAAAUAUACGCUGGUGAAAAAUGACAAAGUUAACAAUUUAAAACCAUCACCAUGUUGGGAUCGAUUCGCUCUUCCAGCAGUGAAAGAUGAAAAUGAUCGUACAAUUGUUAUUAAAGACUAUGCAACAUGUCGAUCUUGUUAUACAACGUAUCGAUAUACCUAUGGAUCAACAAAAUCAUUAAAUUCGCACAAGUGUCCUAAAGAAUCAUCAACUAGCUCUCCGUCAUCAAGUAUUCGAUCAUUAUCUUUCAAUGUGAAAGACAAUAAAUCUUCUACGAAUAAAAAGAAAACAAUGACGUCUUUAAUUGCUUCAUGGAUAUGUACAAGUAUGCGUCCGAUUAGUAUUGUUGAAGACGUCGGGUUUUUUAAUGUCAUUGAGCAAUGUUUGAAAUGGGAUUGUGGUCCAUUUUCGAACGUCAAUGGAAAUGAUAUCAUUCCAUCAAGAUAUACCAUUACACGAGAAAUUGCUCGACAAGCGAAUGAUAUUCGUGAACAUUUAGGUGUUAAAUUACGAAAAGCUGCUGAAGAUGGUGUUUUAUCGAUCAGUCCAGAUUUAUGGACUGAUAAAUUUAAACAAAAUAGUUAUCUUGGAAUGACGGCUCAUUAUGUUCAUGAUAAUCAUUGUUUACAUACAAUCGAUUUAUGUUGUGAACCAUAUAAUGAAAUAAAUAAACGCGCUCCUAAUAUUCGAAAGGCAAUUACUUCUGCACUCUCUCGAUUCCAACUUGAUGAUUUAAUGAAUAAAAUUAUUUUCGUUUGCGAUCGUGGACCAAAUUUAGCAAAAGCUCUUGAAGAUUGUCAAGUGGUUCACUGUUUUCCUCAUCGGCUCAACAAUAUUUUAAAACGAACGUUUUACAGUGCUGGUACAGCAGAGAAAAAUCAGAAGAAAAACAGAAAACAAUCAUCGAAUAAGAAACCAACUAGUGAUCAAUCGACAUUAGAUGAAUUUACUACCGGUGAUGAUGAUAAUUGUUUGAUGGAUUAUGAUGAUCGUGAUUCCGAUGAUAGUGAAGACGAUGAUGUAGAUGUUGCACUUGAUGCAAAAGUAGUAGAAUUAGCACUUCGAAGUUUAUCAACACCAGCUGAACGUGAUCAUAUAAACAUUUUACAGAAAGACUUACCGCAUUAUGCUAGUCAUCUACUUGCAACUAUUGUUCGAUGUAAAGAAUUAUGUUGUUACGUAAAACGGGUGAAUUGGAAUCCUCUGUUGGAGGAGUUAGGAAAAUCUACAAUCAAACAAGAAAUAAUUGUUCGAUGGCUUACCAUGUCACAAUUGCUUGAGAGUAUCCUUACGUCAUACUCAACUUUAACCAGCAUUGCAAGUGAUAAGGGUACUCUUCACACUCUUCCUUCAAUUGAUAUUCCAUCAGUAGCAGCUAUUGUUGGUUUAUUUUCGCCUUGGAAACAUGUUAUUGAACGUGUACAAACAACCAAAACACCAUCUCUUCAUCUUGUACUCACAUCGUAUUGGUAUUUAAUGAAAAGUUUGACUGUAACAAAUGAUGAAGCAGCUGAUAAAUCAGCUAAAGGUCUAGUUUUCUUUAAAACACGUGCUCGGCAAUUAUUGAAAUCGAUGUUUAUUCUCAAUGAUAUGCAUUGGAUGGCUGCAGUACUCAAUCCUCGCACGCGUAUGCUCAAGUUUGCAACUGAUGUAGAACGAACUCAUGCUUAUGGGUUAGUUCGUAGUGAAUUAGCAAAAACUGCCGACAAACAAUGGAACAAUGAAAAUCGAUUGGCAACAUCUUCAACGGCUGCCAAUUCUUCUUCACCACCUCAGAAGAAAUUUAGAUCUUAUACACUACAAUUCGAUGAUGAUCUUGAUGAUGAGUCAACGAGUAAUAUUACAAGUUGCAAGAGUGUUUGUGGCGAAUUAGACAUGUAUUUGCAGAUAAAGUUGACCAAAUGCACAUAUCUUAAUGAUAUUAAUAAUAAUCCAUUAAUUUUUUGGAAGGAACAAGAAUCUUUAUUACCAAAUCUGUCAAAAUUAGCAAAAAGAACAUUUUGCAUUCCCGCUUCUUCUGCUGCAGUAGAGCGUGCCUUCAGUUGUGCUGGAGUAAUUCUAUGUCAAAGAAGAAGCAAUCUUAAUCCAUCAACAGUUAAUGAUAUUAUAGUGGUUCGAUCAGCUACUAUUCUUGCACAUAAUUAA